GCCUGAAGCACUUAUAUCAAGCAUUUGUCUGGUCCUGAUUUGCAUCCUUCCCUCUUCCUGAUUCACCCUCCUCGCCGCACAGUGCUUUCCUUGCCCUCCCCAAGCCUGACUUGCCGUGGAUGAGCAACGUGCUGCCCUCCCUUUACGCUCAGUUCGCUCAGUUCUAGCCCAUCCUUGCGUGCUGCACCUGAGACGACCAAACGCCGUCAUCAGGCCCCUCUUAGUGCUGCACCACCAUUUUUCUGCCGACGCAUCAUCGUCGACUGGACACGCUCGCUGCAUCUCCGGGCACCACCGUCACGAUUCCUCCUAUAACCAGAAAACGAAAGGCUGCUGAGGCGACGAUCACAUCCACCGACACUGACAACGCUCCCCAGAAGAAGAUCGUCGCCUCAGCCAGUCUCGCCGCCGCACCUCCCACACCCGUCACCACCCACGAGAUGGACUCCGAGGAAGAGUAUCUGUCCAGCUCCGAUGAGAUGAUGCCGGACGAUAGCGGCGAUGAAAUCUCCGGUGCUGAAGACUUUGACGAGGAUGACUUCGACGAGCCUGACCCGGAUUUCGGCCUCUCGGCGAAAGAUCUUGAUAAGAAGAAGGUAGCCGCCCACGCGGUAUCCUUCAAAGUAUUCGAACCAUCCGACAUUAGGCGCCAACAAGAUGACAUGAUGAACGACGUCAACAUGAUCCUUGAUAUGAGCAAGGAAGACGCAGCCAUAAUGUUACGCCAUUUCCGAUGGAACAAGGAAAGAUUAUUGGAGGACUACAUGGACCGGCCAGAAAAGGUCCUAGAGGCCGCUGGACUGAACAGUAACUCUGCUAGCCAGCCAAAGCUACAAGCCAUUCCCGGCUUCGUCUGUGACAUUUGUUGCGAGGAUGAAGAGGGUCUCCAGACCUUUGCUAUGAAGUGCGGCCAUCGCUACUGCGUUGACUGUUACCGCCACUAUCUUACCCAGAAAAUCCAAGACGAAGGCGAGUCUGCUAGGAUCCAGUGCCCGUCGGAUGGAUGUGGUCGUAUUCUAGACUCUCGGUCACUUGACCUCCUUGUCACGCCUGAGCUGACUGAUCGCUAUCACGAACUGCUCAACCGUACAUACGUGGAGGACAAGGAUACCUUCAAAUGGUGUCCUGCCCCAGACUGUCCCAACGCCAUCGAGUGCGGAGUAAAGAAGAAGGAUCUGGAGAAGAUCGUCCCUACUGUGGAGUGUCUCUGCGGUUACAGAUUCUGCUUUGGAUGUCCGAAUCCCGAUCACCAACCAGCACCCUGCGACUUGGUAAAGCGGUGGCUGAAGAAAUGUGCAGACGACUCUGAGACGGCGAACUGGAUUUCGGCUCACACAAAGGAGUGCCCCAAGUGUAGCUCGACGAUUGAGAAGAACGGCGGAUGUAACCACAUGACUUGCCGCAAGUGCAAGUAUGAGUUUUGCUGGAUGUGCAUGGGACUUUGGUCUGAGCACGGAACGAGUUGGUACAACUGUAACAGAUACGAGGAAAAGAGCGGAGCCGAAGCUAGAGAUGCCCAGACCAGGUCCCGUACAUCUUUGGAGCGCUAUUUGCAUUACUACAACAGAUAUGCCAACCACGAGCAGUCUGCGAAGCUCGACAAGGACAUUGCGCAGAAGACUGAGAAGAAGAUGGUGCAGCUUCAGACCACAUCAGGCAUGUCUUGGAUCGAAGUCCAGUAUCUCAACUCAGCAUCCCAGGCACUUCAAACAUGCAGACAGACUCUCAAGUGGACCUAUGCAUUUGCUUUCUAUCUAGCAAAGAACAACUUGACGGAGAUCUUUGAAGACAAUCAAAAGGAUCUCGAGAUGGCUGUCGAGAACUUGUCCGAGAUGUUUGAGAAGCCUAUUCAAGAUCUAGCCGACCCAAAGCUCAAGGUCGAUAUCAUGGACAAGACCUCGUACUGCAACAAGAGGCGCAUCAUCUUGCUGGAAGACACUGCGGAGAAUCUUGCAAACUCCAAAUGGAAUUUCAAUGCGGACCUCAUGACAGGAUCUACAGUGUUGCUUAACAGGCGUUAAAAGCAAUGAUACAGUCCUAGCCGAUGGGGGCGCUUUUAUUCACCGGCCAAGAGACUUAGCAGGUGCGCAUAGUGCAUCUGCACUUACAGCGUUGUGUGAAGCGCUCAUAGAGCAACACGGGAGAUUUCCUCUCCUCUAUCAGCGAUGAAUCACCACCACUCAUUGAGCGAUCAUGUUCCAGCGUCAGGGAUUUUCGCUUUUCGCUCCCCCAAAUAUAGACUACCGGUGUUAUUUUUAACGAUAUUCCAUGACUCAACUAUGGCGUUUGGGAAAUUAGGCAUGGUAUAUGGGAGACGGGCGGGUUCUGCGGUUUUUGCUUAGCUGGGUGCUAUUCUUUGUUCCUUUUCUUCCCCUUCCCCUCAUCUCCUCAUAGCCUGUACCAUUGUCAUUUCGGUCGAUUUUCCUGUGUUGUAUGCAUACGAACCCCCUUGUUUAGUUCAGCAUAUGGCUGCAGCAUGCACUCGCUUAGAAUACGAGGAUUCACGAUACAUUAAAAAAGUGCAUCCCUGGGAGGCAAUACUAGACGAUAGGAACUUGAUGCCCCUUUCUUCCCCACUUCGCUUUUAUAUCUUGGUAGUUUGAGGCGUUAAUGUACAGAAUGUUUUUGAUAUA